CCGUUUCUUUCAUCAUUACAUAGAAAUAAUGGUUCCAAAGUGCAAAGAUGGGUGGAGAUAUAUCCGUGUUAUACAGAGAGGUGGAGAUAUAUCCGUGUUAUACAGAGAGGUGGAGAUAUAACAGUGUUAUACAGAGAGGUGGAGAUAUAUCAGUGUUAUACAGAGAGGUGGAGAUAUAACAGUGUUAUACAGAGAGGUGGAGAUAUAUCCGUGUUAUACAGAGAGGUGGAGAUAUAUCAGUGUUAUACAGAGAGGUGGAGAUAUAUCAGUGUUAUACAGAGAGGUGGAGAUAUAUCCGUGUUAUACAGAGAGGUGCAGAUAUAUCCGUGUUAUACAGAGAGGUGGAGAUAUAUCCGUGUUAUACAGAGAGGUGGAGAUAUAACAGUGUUAUACAGAGAGGUGGAGAUAUAACAGUGUUAUACAGAGAGGUGGAGAUAUAUCCGUGUUAUACAGACAGGUGGAGAUAUAUCAGUGUUAUACAGACAGGUGGAGAUAUAUCCGUGUUAUACAGAGAGGUGGAGAUAUAUCCGUGUUAUACAGAGAGGUGGAGAUAUAUCCGUGUUAUACAGAGAGGUGGAGAUAUAUCAGUGUUAUACAGACAGGUGGAGAUAUAACAGUGUUAUACAGAGAGGUGGAGAUAUAUCAGUGUUAUACAGAGAGGUGGAGAUAUAUCCGUGUUAUACAGAGAGGUGGAGAUAUAUCAGUGUUAUACAGAGAGGAGGAGAUAUCAGUGUUAUACAGAGAGGUGGAGAUAUAUCAGUGUUAUACAGACAGGUGGAGAUAUAUCAGUGUUAUACAGAGAGGUGGAGAUAUAUCAGUGUUAUACAGAGAGGUGGAGAUAUAUCCGUGUUAUACAGAGAGGUGGAGAUAUAUCCGUGUUAUACAGAGAGGUGGAGAUAUAUCCGUGUUAUACAGAGAGGUGGAGAUAUAUCCGUGUUAUACAGAUAGGUGGAGAUAUAUCAGUGUUAUACAGAGAGGUGGAGAUAUAACAGUGUUAUACAGAGAGGUGGAGAUAUAUCAGUGUUAUACAGAGAGGUGGAGAUAUAACAGUGUUAUACAGAGCGGUGGAGAUAUAUCAGUGUUAUACAGAGAGGUGGAGAUAUAACAGUGUUAUACAGAGAGGUGGAGAUAUAUCCGUGUUAUACAGAGAGGUGGAGAUAUAACAGUGUUAUACAGAGAGGUGGAGAUAUAUAUCCGUGUUAUACAGAGAGGUGGAGAUAUAUCAGUGUUAUACAGAGAGGUGGAGAUAUAUCAGUGUUAUACAGAGAGGUGGAGAUAUAACAGUGUUAUACAGAGAGGUGGAGAUAUAUCCGUGUUAUACAGACAGGUGGAGAUAUAUCAGUGUUAUACAGACAGGUGGAGAUAUAUCAGUGUUAUACAGAGAGGUGGAGAUAUAUCCGUGUUAUACAGACAGGUGGAGAUAUAUCCGUGUUAUACAGACAGGUGGAUAUAUAUCCGUGUUAUACAGAGAGGUGGAGAUAUAUCCGUGUUAUACAGAGAGGUGGAGAUAUAUCCGUGUUAUACAGAGAGGUGGAGAUAUAUCCGUGUUAUACAGAGAGGUGGAGAUAUAUCAGUGUUAUACAGAGAGGUGGAGAUAUAUCAGUGUUAUACAGAGAGGUGGAGAUAUAUCAGUGUUAUACAGAGAGGUGGAGAUAUAUCCGUGUUAUACAGAGAGGUGGAGAUAUAUCAGUGUUAUACAGAGAGGUGGAGAUAUAUCCGUGUUAUACAGAGAGGUGGAGAUAUAUCCGUGUUAUACAGAGAGGUGGAGAUAUAUCAGUGUUAUACAGAGAGGUGGAGAUAUAUCCGUGUUAUACAGAGAGGUGGAGAUAUAACAGUGUUAUACAGAGAGGUGGAGAUGUAUCCGUGUUAUACAGAGAGGUGGAGAUAUAUCAGUGUUAUACAGAGAGGUGGAGAUGUAUCAGUGUUAUACAGAGAGGUGGAGAUAUAUCCGUGUUAUACAGAGAGGUGGAGAUAUAUCCGUGUUAUACAGAGAGGUGGAGAUAUAUCCGUGUUAUACAGGGAGGUGGAGAUAUAUCAGUGUUAUACAGAGAGGUGGAGAUAUAUCAGUGUUAUACAGAGAGGUGGAGAUAUAUCCGUGUUAUACAGAGAGGUGGAGAUAUAACAGUGUUAUACAGAGAGGUGGAGAUGUAUCCGUGUUAUACAGAGAGGUGGAGAUAUAUCAGUGUUAUACAGAGAGGUGGAGAUAUAUCAGUGUUAUACAGAGAGGUGGAGAUAUAUCAGUGUUAUACAGAGAGGUGGAGAUAUAUCAGUGUUAUACAGAGAGGUGGAGAUAUCAGUGUUAUACAGACAGGUGGAGAUAUAACAGUGUUAUACAGAGAGGUGGAGAUAUAUCAGUGUUAUACAGAGAGGUGGAGAUAUAUCCGUGUUAUACAGAGAGGUGGAGAUAUAACAGUGUUAUACAGAGAGGUGGAGAUAUAUCCGUGUUAUACAGAGAGGUGGAGAUAUAUCCGUGUUAUACAGAGAGGUGGAGAUAUAUCAGUGUUAUACAGAGAGGUGGAGAUAUAUCAGUGUUAUACAGAGAGGUGGAGAUAUAUCCGUGUUAUACAGAGAGGUGGAGAUAUAUCCGUGUUAUACAGAGAGGUGGAGAUAUAACAGUGUUAUACAGAGAGGUGGAGAUAUAUCAGUGUUAUACAGAGAGGUGGAGAUAUAACAGUGUUAUACAGAGAGGUGGAGAUAUAUCAGUGUUAUACAGAGAGGUGGAGAUAUAUCCGUGUUAUACAGAGAGGUGGAGAUAUAUCCGUGUUAUACAGAGAGGUGGAGAUAUAUCCGUGUUAUACAGAGAGGUGGAGAUAUAUCAGUGUUAUACAGAGAGGUGGAGAUAUAUCAGUGUUAUACAGAGAGGUGGAGAUAUAUCCGUGUUAUACAGAGAGGUGGAGAUAUAACAGUGUUAUACAGAGAGGUGGAGAUAUAUCCGUGUUAUACAGAGAGGUGGAGAUAUAUCAGUGUUAUACAGAGAGGUGGAGAUAUAACAGUGUUAUACAGAGAGGUGGAGAUAUAUCAGUGUUAUACAGAGAGGUGGAGAUAUAUCCGUGUUAUACAGAGAGGUGGAGAUAUAUCAGUGUUAUACAGAGAGGUGGAGAUAUAUCCGUGUUAUACAGAGAGGUGGAAAUAUAUCAGUGUUAUACAGAGAGGUGUAGAUAUAUCCGUGUUAUACAGAGAGGUGGAGAUAUAUCAGUGUUAUACAGAGAGGUGGAGAUAUAACAGUGUUAUACAGAGAGGUGGAGAUAUAUCAGUGUUAUACAGAGAGGUGGAGAUAUAUCCGUGUUAUACAGAGAGGUGGAGAUAUAUCAGUGUUAUACAGAGAGGUGGAGAUAUAUCAGUGUUAUACAGAGAGGUGGAGAUAUAACAGUGUUAUACAGAGAGAUGGAGAUAUAACCGUGUUAUACAGAGAGGUGGAGAUAUAUCAGUGUUAUACAGAGAGGUGGAGAUAUAACAGUGUUAUACAGAGAGGUGGAGAUAUAUCAGUGUUAUACAGAGAGGUGGAGAUGUAUCCGUGUUAUACAGAGAGGUGGAGAUAUAUCAGUGUUAUACAGAGAGGUGGAGAUAUAUCAGUGUUAUACAGAGAGGUGGAGAUAUAUCCGUGUUAUACAGAGAGGUGGAGAUAUAUCAGUGUUAUACAGAGAGGUGGAGAUAUAACCGUGUUAUACAGAGAGGUGGAGAUAUAUCAGUGUUAUACAGAGAGGUGGAGAUAUCAGUGUUAUCCAGAGAGGUGGAGAUAUAUCAGUGUUAUACAGAGAGGUGGAGAUAUAUCAGUGUUAUACAGAGAGGUGGAGAUAUAUCAGUGUUAUACAGAGAGGUGGAGAUAUAUCAGUGUUAUACAGAGAGGUGGAGAUAUAUCAGUGUUAUACAGACAGGUGGAGAUAUAUCCGUGUUAUACAGAGAGGUGGAGAUAUAUCCGUGUUAUACAGAGAGGUGGAGAUAUAACAGUGUUAUACAGAGAGGUGGAGAUAUAUCAGUGUUAUACAGAGAGGUGGAGAUAUAUCCGUGUUAUACAGAGAGGUGGAGAUAUAUCAGUGUUAUACAGAGAGGUGGAGAUAUAUCAGUGUUAUACAGAGAGGUGGAGAUAUAACCGUGUUAUACAGAGAGGUGGAGAUAUAUCCGUGUUAUACAGAGAGGUGGAGAUAUAUCAGUGUUAUACAGAGAGGUGGAGAUAUAUCAGUGUUAUACAGAGAGGUGGAGAUAUAUCCGUGUUAUACAGAGAGGUGGAGAUAUAUCCGUGUUAUACAGAGAGGUGGAGAUAUAUCCGUGUUAUACAGAGAGGUGGAGAUAUAUCAGUGUUAUACAGAGAGGGGUUGAUAUGAUAUGUAGAUUCGCCAUCAUGAAGAAACUAGGAGUAGAAUUAUUUGAAGUGCAGAAGGAGGACAAACUCUGGCGGAUUCACUUCUCGGCACGUUUUCUGUUUUACCAGAGGAAUAAUGAAGCAGGAAGGAGACUUUCAGGUCCUGAUUUCUCUGCGGUUUCUGCUGCUGAGGAAUGUAGAUAUUCACAUUAUAUUUAUUUCUUUAUUGGGUUCUGGAGCAGUGUGUAUGUGGAGGUCAUCAUCUGUAUGUCCACCACCACAAGAGGAUAUCCUGCCUCUGUAUGACCACAGGAGAAUAUCCAGUAACUGUUCGACCACCAUCACAGGAGGAUAUCCAGUAACUGUUCGACCACAGGAGGAUAUCCAGCAUCUGCAUGAUUGCCACCUCAGGAGGAUAUCCAGCCUCUUUAUGAGCACCACCACAGGAGGAUAUCUUGCAUCUCUAUG